UGUGUACACAAUUUGGUUCCUCUUGACAUUUUUAAAAUUCUUGUUCCUGUGCAAGAAGGCUGUGGAAUGAGGAAGAAAUUUCCAGCAAAAUACUUUGAUAAUACACAAUGCAUUGGUAAGGAUUUUAGACCCCUUGGUUUGCAGGUGAGAAAAGUGUGGUGUCAUGGCAGAUAAUUAGGUUGCCUGUAUAACGAUAAAAUGAUGCAAGAUUGUUGUUUGGCAUGGGUGAAUCAGAUUCUACAGCAGAAUGUUCCAUUGUUUCAGUUAAACAAACAAACAAAAAAAAGGAAGAAAGUUCAAGCAAGUGCUGGUACUGAAACUGUGUAAUUAACUGUUAGUUUUGAUUUGUUAACUUUCACUAGAGUACCACUGAACUGCAGGUAGGUUCCUGUUUUAGAACUGAUACCUAACUGAUUAAAAUACAUAGCAAGAAAAAUGCAGUGCCACAGAGAACUAACAGUAUAAACAUAUAUGUCACUAAGUCUUUGGAGCAUAAAGAAAAAGCAAAGAUCAAGAUAAAGAGUGGUACUCGCAGAUUGUGACUGUGUAUGACUAUAUAGUUUAUUUAAAUGCUCAUUGAUGAGUUACCCCACAAGGUAACUUAUUCUGUUGUUGCUAUUGUGGCAUAAGGAGUCCUUCAGAAGAGCUGGGAUGAGUAAGAAUAUUCUGUUUACACCUGAGUUUGGGAACACGCUUCUGUAUGUAACGUUCCAAUCCAAAAGAUGCCUCUGAGGGCAUCUUUGCUUAUUCUUUAUUUCUGAAAGAGGUGAUCUAAGCUGGGAGUAAGGAACUGAAUGAAUUCUACAUUCUCUUGUAUUGAUGAGUUUUCUUUGUAUUAAAAUCACUGUAUCAAAUAUAGCUUUGCAGCUCUUAAGCUAGGAGCUGGCUGUGCUAAAUGUAUCAUUCUGGAGUGUGAAGGACUGUCAUUGUGUAAAAGAUUGCAAGAGAAUAACAACUUUGUUAUAUUUUUACUUUUGAAAUUCUUCUCAGUUCUCAUGAACGUAGGCAGCUUUAUUCUUGGAUCUUAACUACUUCAUAGAGAGCUUCCUGAGUUCAGUUAUUGUUUUUCCUGAUAAUUUUAAGGAGUGUAUUUGUUUGGAGGUGGAACGGAGGAAAGAGAAUAUUUUUCUGAUAUACUCAUGUUUUACAGUAUUUCUUUUAGAAGUACUCUAGCAGCACUUUUGGUUGAGAAUCCCAUGCUGUAACCAAAAAGGCCUCCGAGUACUGAUUGUCCUUGGCAAUUUGAGUUGCUGCAGUUUCCUCUCACGUUAAGCUUAUGUCGUGUUCCAUGAUGCAAUUUAUACUGGGGGGCCAUUCCAUUCGUUGCUCAUAUAUACAUGGCAACGUCCUUUGUGAGUUCAGGGCUUGUACAACUCCACGGUACUAUUGGGGCAGAAAAGAAGGCUGGGUUCUGUUGCUCCUGGUGUUGAGCCCACUGUAUAAGAACAUUGCUGCAGAGAUCUGUAUGUGAUUGCACGAUGGGGAAAGAAUUACACAAAGCGGACUAGAUGUUCUACUCUCCUAAGCAGGAUUUACAGGAUUUAAACAAAUCUGCUGGAAUUCCUUGAUCUUAUUCAUGCACCUUAUAGCUUGAGUAUUUUACCAGUACUGUGUGUGAUUGCUGUUAACUACCUUUCUUCUUAGGCUUUCACUGAAGACCUUUUAUGGAGGAAGCACUGAUUUUUCUCCAUUUUCCUGAACUUCAGACCUCGGUGUAUCUACCUAAGGAAAUGAAAGAGGCAUCCCUCUCCCUCAAAGUGGCAAGCACCCAGCUCUCCGGGAAACUGAGCUGGAGAGUGAGAAGAGGAGGCAGCACCUGAGCCCAGCAGCAAAAUGAGACUGUGAAGCUUGAAGCUGCUGCCCACUUCGUACAGGAAGGAUGAAGAUCGCCAGAGUACUUAGGCUGUUAGUAGAGCUCUUGAGUCUGUUACCAUGUCUCAGAUGCAGGGAGGCUCUCCUGGGAUCCCAGCCCAGCCAAAACCAUUUGCAGAGUGCAGCAUCCAGUGGGUGUGGCAUCGGACCUCUUGGGUACUACAAUGGCUCUUUGGCUGUCACUGAGGCUGGAGCAGAGUGCCUGAACUGGGCAGAGUUCCCUGAUUAUGUCCAGCAGUACCCAGACCGUGGCUUGGGGAACCACAAUCACUGCAGAAACCCAGAUGGGGGAACUACACCAUGGUGCUUCUUCCGGCUUGCAUCAGGGGCCAUCAGCUGGGCUAACUGUGACUGUAACCAAGGUGCUGUGCGGUUGGCUGAAGACAGCAGUGUGGAGCUGUAUUUUGGUGGACUCUGGGGUACCAUCUGUGCUGACCUCUGGACUGACUGGGAUGCUAGUGUUGUCUGCAGGCAGCUAGGUCUCAGUGAGAUUGGCACAGCUGGAAAGAAGAAUCGUCCUGGACUGUGGCCUAUUCCCCUGCACCUGCAGUCAGCAAACUGCCAUGGCGAUGAGAAAACCCUCUUGCAGUGUGGCUAUCAGGAAGCUGUGUCAGGAACUUGUAACCAGGGAAGCGCCAUGGUAACAUGUGUCCCUCCAGAAGGUGUAGGUGCUCCAUUGCGUUUAGUUGGGGGAAAGGAGAGCUUUGAAGGACGGGUGGAGGUUUACCACGAUGGCAAGUGGGGUACCAUCUGUGAUGACCAAUGGGAUGACCGUGAUGCUGAAGUAGUUUGUAGGCAGCUGGGACUCAGUGGGAACCCAAAAGCCUUGUCGUGGGCUCACUAUGGUCAGGGAUCUGGUCCCAUCCUGCUAGAUGAAGUGGAAUGCUCAGGCAAUGAACUCUCACUUGACCAAUGCAAGAAGAGUGACUGGGGACAACAAAACUGUGACCAUAUUGAAGAUGCUGGCGUCUCCUGUAACCCUUUCACAGAGGGCACUGUAAGGCUGACUGGUGGUCGCAGCCCCAGCGAAGGCAGGGUAGAAGUUUAUUACAAUGGAGACUGGGGCACAGUAUGUGAUGAUGGCUGGACAGAUCUCAGUGCCCAGGUGGUCUGCAGGCAGCUGGGCUUCAGUGGGCCUGCUACCCUGGCCUCUGAAGCGGACUACGCUGCUGGCCAAGGCUUUAUCUUGCUGGAUGAUGUGGCUUGUGUGGGCACAGAGCUCUCUCUCCUGGACUGUCCCCAUAGCAACUGGGGGCAGCACGACUGCUCACAUGCUGAGGACGUGGGAGUCCACUGUUCCCCGGAGAGCAACACAGUCACUGGCAGCCUGGGACCUCCUGUGCGGCUGGUGGAUGGAGAAAGCACCAAGGAGGGACGGGUUGAAGUAUUCCUGAAUGGACAGUGGGGCAGCAUCUGUGAUGAUGGCUGGACAGACAGAGAUGCUACAGUAGUUUGCAGGCAACUGGGGUUCAGUGGUGCAGCAAAAGCCAGGGCGAUGGCUUAUUUUGGUGAAGGCCAAGGGCCCAUCCAUCUGGACAGUAUAGAGUGCAGAGGCACAGAGCAUGCCCUGGGGCAAUGUGUCAGGCCUGACACUGGGAUUCACAGUUGCUGGCACAGUGAAGAUGCUGGUGUGAUUUGUGACUAUGUGGAAGAGAAGGUCCAAGAUAUCAGGAGAACAGGUCCAGAGUCCAGUGUUUGUGGCAUGCGCCUGCUUCACCGUCGCAAGAAAAGGAUCAUAGGUGGAAACAAGUCUCUCAGAGGUGGUUGGCCAUGGCAGGCCUCGCUACGGUUGAAGGGUUUCCAGAGAGAUACCCGUCUGCUCUGUGGGGCAACACUGAUCAGCAGUUGCUGGGUAGUGACUGCAGCCCACUGCUUCAAAAGGUUUGGUGUUGAUGUGCGGCGCUACCUGCUGCGGGUAGGUGACUACCACACAGGUGUGAAGGAUGAGUUUGAGAGAGAGCUGCCUGUGGAGCGGAUUGUCCUCCACAGGAACUACUGGGCUGGCAGCAAUGAUAAUGACAUUGCCCUGGUCCGAAUGCGAGGCAGAGAGGGGCAUUGUCUCUCCUUCAAUAGUCACGUUCUGCCUAUCUGCCUUCCUGAUAAGAAAGAGAAGUCUGACAUAAACAGGCAAGCCUGCAUCAUCUCUGGCUGGGGAGACACAGGAAAAUCUUAUUCAAGAACACUACUGCAGGGGGUGGUGCCUCUUCUGCCACGGGAAGACUGUGAGGUCCGUUAUGGGCAGAAGUUCACGAACCGCAUGAUUUGUGCUGGGAACCUCUCUGAAGAUAAACGAGUGGACAGCUGCCAGGGUGACAGUGGAGGGCCACUCAUGUGUCAGAAGUCAAAUGGACGCUGGAUCAUUUUGGGAAUCACUUCCUGGGGUUAUGGUUGUGGUCGGAAGGAUUCCCCUGGUGUGUACACAAAGGUCAGCAGAUACAUACCCUGGAUCAAGAAAGUGACUAAGCUAAAAUGAAAAUGUCUGAGCCCCAGGAACCUCAAUGUAUUGUCCUUCUCCCUGCAGCAGCUGAAGGCUGUGGCUUCUGGCCUGUGACUGGUGGAAAUGUAUGUUGUCAUUUGGACACUGGGAAAAUAAUUUAACAUAGAACUGGGAGAAAAACAGCUAUGGUUGAUUAUUUGGUCUCACUUUAGUUCUUAAUCUCUGAGCAGACAAAGCAUACACACUGGUAGGACAAAUUAGCCUGUGUUGCUCUGACUGUUUGAGUCCUGUAAUGCAAUCAAUGCUCAUUCCUUUGCCCCAACACACGGAAAUGGUAGAAAUGAAGAUAUGCCUGUCUCUGUAAAUCUGUUCACCAGUUUUUGUAUGUUCACACACUUGAAAAACACUGCAAAGAGAGGUGAGAUGCUUGGAAGUUGCUGCCAAGCUCUGGCAUACUUUUUCAUAACAUGUCUCUUUUCCAUUCCAGAAAUGAGAAGAUUUGACCUGAGCUGAGGAGCAGGCUAACAAUUGGCCUUUUUCUUUCCCCUGUUAUGUCUCUAGGGGGAACCUUUUCUCUUCUGAAUAUUAGAUUCUAAAAUAUCUGUCCCUGCUAGGAGGUGCUUGUCUCUCCAGCUGUAAUCCUUGUGCCACACAUUUCUGGUCAGAUGCUACGGCUUUAUUGCUGCUUUCUCAAAAUUGUGGUUCUUCUGUGGUUUGUUUUUUGUUUCUCCAUAAAGCAGCGUCUCCUGGAAUCAAUUGUUUGUGUGAGAGUAAAUCUUCAUUUUUAAGAGACAAUAGAUUUCUUGCUCUCAUGAUUACUGUGAAUGACUUAAAAAUGUGACUUCAAUGUAACUAGAAUAGACACUGUUACUUUCCUUUAAAUCCAAAUGUAGUGUUAAGUGUUCAGAUGUUGAUUCAUAGUUUAACAGCGCUGCAGGGACUUCAUCUUGAUAUUUUAUUCAUCAUCAUUAUUAACUGCCCUUUGUGAUCUUAGCCUUUAAUAUCUCUGUGUCCAUAGUCCUCCCAUGAAGCAUGGAAAUACUCUGGAGUGUAGACACCAAACAAAAACUAGAGUGAGUAGUUUUCUUGAGGUGCAAAGUAGUUUCCUGCAUUCCUGGAGUAUGUGCUGCCUUUGGACAACACUUUCUCUCUUCUUUUUACGUUUCUCUUUUCAUUCAUCUCAGGGGAAGUGGAUUGGGUUGGCUUGACUUAGGAUCUGCAAGCAGUGCCAUCAAGCUACUACUGUUUUAGGGUCAGACCUUCUCUACCUAGACAGAAAUAAUACUGAGAGAAUACAAGCGUUACUGAACACUUCAAUUUCUUCCUUCUCUCGUUCAGACAAAUGGACGUAAUUUCCUCCUCCAAGGCCUUAAUUACUUUCUUGGUUAAUUGAUUAUUUUUGAGUAGGGAGAAAAAUACAAAAGCAGAAGAGCUAAGUGCGUUAACAGUUGUGCAGCUCACAGUGGUGUGUUCUGUCUACGUGUAGCCAAGCCAGAGAGAAGACAGGUCUGUUCAUGAGCAGCCUUGGUGCACAACCAAUGAUCCAAACAUGGAGUAAUAAUACAGUCUGAGACACGUGGAACUUUUGCCACAUGUGCAUGUUUUGGAUUCACUCAGUCACACACUAGCCUGCUGACUGCAAAGUGUGUACUUGAGGCACUGAGCUAUUUGGUACCUGGGAAUUAUCAAGGCAAGAAUGGAAGACAGCACAACCUGUGGAUUAGCUAUGUCAUAUGAUAGGAGAAGUAGUGAUAGUGUAUUAGAAAUUGCCUUGAGUUAAACAAGCAGUGAUUGCCAGAAGUUUUAAUUUGUCUUCUCCAAAGUAGCUUAAUCUAAAAGUGCUGACCUGCAUAGGUGACUGAUUUUUGUGUGUGAAUGCUAAACUAAACAGUUAAUUUACCCUCUCCAGUGAUUACUGUACAGUUGGCUUACAAGUGCUUCAAUGGACUUUGAAAAUCGUACAUGGAAACUUUAUUUUUAAAGAGUUAAAAGAAUCUUUGAAACAUGCAAUGUCAGAACACCUGCAAAUUGCCCUUUGAGACAGAUCUGAUCUGUUAGUGCCCCUUCUUGAGGGCUGAAUGUCUGCAGUGUGCUCGUGCUGAUAACUCUGUUUGAAGAGCUAGGCUUGGUCCUUGUAGUGCCAUGCCAUGCUUGGCUCUGUGCUGCCUGUGCUGUCCAUGACUCCUGGCAGAGAGUCCCUAAGGCACAAGAUGCAGACUGCUGGUUCUCUCUUAGGAAUUAAAAUGAGAGGAGAACCGAGGACAGUUAUGUUACAGACCUCUCAAUUCCAGAAUGGCAGUAACAGUACCUGUUUGGGAAAUGGGGAGGGAUUUAGAUUUUACUUUCAGCCUCCCCCAAGCCUGAAUGCUACAUCAGCUCAAACACAGUGCUGUCACACCUCUAGCUUAACCUGGUUUGAACUUCUAGCUUAUACUCAUAACCCCAACAGGCUUAGAAAUAUAGAAAGGAUUGAAGGCUUUUUCCCUAAGCCUACUUAACUCAUUGCAUUCAAGAGUUAGAAAAAAUGCUAUGCAACAUAAGUGAGACAUAGAUCUGGCACAGCAUUCUAUGAUUCCUGUAUUCCAAUUCAAAAUAUUUCCCCUGGAUUUUGUCACCUUGAAAGCUGUGAGAAUCACUGUAGUUAACAUUCUGUGAGUCCUGAAUGAGCUAGGAGGAAGGGAGGAAGUACCUCACCUAGUUUUACACUUACUUGUGUAAGCAAACCUGCAAACACGCUUCUGAGUUGUCCUAACCUGUUCAGAACAUCACUGUUGCUCUUUGUGGCCCAAACCAAACUCACAUGCUUUGCCACAAGGGAUUACUGGAAUUAUCUGAUCAGAAGACCAGCACUCGCCACUCCAGAGUUGUAUUUUAUUGGACACCUAAUGUUGGCCAGCAGCAGACAUUUCAAAGCACAGUGCAUGUGCAUUUGUACUGAAAAAGUUUUAACAGCUUUUUUCUUUUUUUCUGGGAAAUUUUGUUCUUGGACCAUUUAUGUUAAUUACUUGCAUUGCUAUCACUGUUCAAAUUAAAAGUACUAGUACUUGUCCUCCAGGUAUUGUUCAAACACUAUGUGCUAUACUUUCAUGAUUUUUUCUUUUCUGAAGUAUCAAUGUUUAUAUCCCAAACUUAAAAAAAAAAAAAUUGUUUAUUGUAAACAUCCUUCGUCUUUCACAUAAAUGUUUAAUCUCUUAUUUAAUCCAACUAAGCUCUACAGCCUCAGUAUUUUCUGACAAUGAGAACCAAUAUAAUUUCAUUCUACACAGUACAUUUGUCUUUUUAUAGAUCCUGAAUGCAUUGCCUUUUGUUUUUACUGAAUCCCAUCUAUACUUGCGUUUUCAACUACGAGAGGAAAUGAGAGGCCUUGCUUUAUACUCUUGUCCAUUAUGCUACAAACAGUCUUUUGAAAACUGUGGCUUCUCUGUCUCUCUUCAAUCCAAACUGCCUAGGUACCUGAUAACGUACAAGCCGUCUGUCCAUGCCUACUCUUUCUGCUGGGUCUUCAAGCUUUGGUAACCAGAACUGAAAACAGUUUGCGAGAGGAGGAUGUGCCAUCUGCUGAUUACUUUCAGUAUUUUCAAUAGUGGGCAAUGCUGUAGGUGCUCAGCGCUGUGUGUGUUAUUAUGUAUGUAUGCUAGCUUUGAACUUGCUGGUGUGGUUUUAGUGGCAGCCCGUCUACAGCAAGGUAAAAACCAACCAGCGUUGAUUCACCUGGUGUCUCUGGCAGGUGCAGCAGCCCCUCCAAGCACAGCCAGCUGGUGUAGGUGUAUCUGUGGAACUGAACGUGGCUCUGGGCUGAUGAGCCCUUAGAAGCAUUCAUUGUCUGGGUGACAACGGUCAGAUACUUCCCUUCCAGGAACUGACAGUUCAGUUAUUGACAUCUGUGAUGCGCUAUGGGGAUCUUUGUAAGACGAGUUCCUGCAGUAGUGUGGUGCACGUUGGUUGAAUGAAAAACAGUGCCACUGUGAUUGGGGAGCAUUUGUUAGAAGGAGUGUCUAAGGAGCACCUAACAGGGCUCCAAUUAGCCCUCUUCCUACAAGAAUACCUUGGUGCUCUACAAAGGUGGACCCAGUGCUAGUGCCUUCCUGCCCUCUAGGGGCUGCAUGGGUAUCCUUAUCAGCCUUGUCUUGACAUCAGUCCAGGCUUUGGCCAGUUGAAGCUGGAUUAAAGAUUUAUCCAUUUCCUGUAGCUGAAUGCUUUCCAGAUGAUUUAUAAGAAUUAUGUUCCGUGCUGUAAUUAAUCAAGCAGCUAUUUAUGAACCUGAACAGGAUUUCAAUUACACCCGUAAUCCUUGUACCUUUGUAGCAGAGAAUAACAAAUCAGUUCCUCAAAGGUAUUAGUGGAGGGAUUGGUUAGGAACUAGGUACGUGAGUAUUUGCUGUCUCAGGGAUAGCAAAACAGGGUUUGCUUUAUGUCUGUCUGCCUUACUUUCUGAAGCCAAUAUCCUGAAGACUCUUCACCCCCAAAGUAACUGUUGUGAUCCAUCAACCACUUAAAAACACACUUUUAUGUAUGUAAGAGGAAGGUUAUUAGUAGGUGAACUGCAGUGCAGUAACAUCUUCCUGCUAGCUUUUCUGGGAGUUCCUUGCAGCUAGAAAAUGUGGGCAUGGGAAUAGAACACUGACUGGUAACCAGCCUGGAACUGCUCCCAGUGGGAUGAGGCACUGUGACCUGGAGCAAGGGCUUGGGCUAUGUUUUUACUUAUUCAAGAAAAUAUUUAAUUCCCCACAUCAAGAAGGAACAUUUGUUCAGCCCACUCAGUCCUAUUAAAAACCCUUUCUACUAACAAGGGCCUGAGCAGCUCUGAAAUCAGUCUAGUGCCAAAACUGUCAUGUCCCCUGGAUCAAAACCAAUGACUCACAAGAUAUGCUAAUAAAUUAAUUGUGCUGUGACUGUGUGGGGCUCUGUCUUAUUUUUAGUACAGAAACCUGUUCCAAGGGCAAGUUUUAGGAUUUUUUUCCAGCAAUGAAUUAUGCUAAUUAAAUUUUUGUAUUAAUGUUAUUUCUAGAGGAGCUUUAAUGUGUGAAAGAAUGUUACAAAAUCAGUUAUCCUAUUAGCUACCAUUAAAAUAUAACACAACAGCUCUUCAAAUGCCACAUUUUGUGGCCAUUUGGAAUAGGCGGAGAGCACCUACAGAUGAACUCGUGCUCAAAACAAACAGGAUUUGCUAUAUCAGUUUCCUAGUUCAUUGUUAUUGUUGAUCUUUACAUGCUACUUUUGAAUGAAUUUGUUCAGCAUGAUUUUGUCUCAUUUGACACUAGGAUUCAUGUGUCACCGAGUGAAGGGCCAAAGCCAAAUUUUGGAUAAGUGGAAGCAGGAGGAAUGAAACAUAACCUGAUUGAGGCACUGACGUGAAAACACUGUUCUCUUCCUCCUCUCCAAAGCUGAAAUUGUACUACUCUAUAAAAGGUCUGUGUGGAAAAGCAACUCACUGACUGCUCCAGCAAAUUUCUCAAGUUGUUAGGGUUAGUCUGGGGUUUGAUGUGGUGAUGACUGAAGGUACAAAAUAUUAUAGCAUAUAAUUUCUUGUGCAUGCCGUCUCCAGCCUCCUGUUGGGAACCUACGUGCACUCGCUAAAGAGAGCGCUGCUUGUGGUUAACGCCUCCCUUGCUUCAUGUUUGACUUUGAGGUUUCUACACCUACAUGUUUCUGCUUCUGCUUGUGUGAAGCUGAGAGCUCAUGGCUGAGGUUUUGCAAGAGUGUCUGGUGUGCACAUAUCAGUGGGCAAAGCAGAGUUACAGACAUUUUAGUGGCCUUAGGCGCUGUUUCACCAAGUAAGCUCCAAAGCACGUAAUGCUUGGGAAAGAAACAAAGUUGAAACUGAAGAUAAGGUUACAAGUCUGUCAGGUCUCAUAUUUUGUAUUGAAGUACUUGACUGCUGCCUUCAUAUUGUGAAGAGACAUCAAGAAGAGUAUGCCAUUAGCUUACUCGUGGUAGAUUGACAGCUGUAGGAUAGUUGGCUUUGGAUUUUGAAACUGAAGUAGGAAAUCAGGAGGAAAUAGGGUUUUAUUCCACGCAAUGUUCUAACUAGGAUAGCUACCAUACUCCUUAAGAGAGAAAGAGAAACAUUCAGGUAUCAUCACUGACAUUAAAAAAAAAUAUCUUACUUGGGUUCAAGUUCCUCUUUCUACUAGAGGAAAGACAGUGUGCUGCAUAGGCAGCCUUGGUUGCUGGGCUGGAUGCUGUGCCACUCUUAACAAAACUGUCUUGUCCACAGGGGGUUAGAGAUUCGCUGUAGGAUCGUGCUUAUGUGUGAAAGUGAAGAGAAAAAGUAGAGUUAGCAAAAUAGAUCAUUGCAUAAGUGGAUGAUCCAUCUACAGCCAUUUAUGUUUAGAAAAACCUAUGGAUUUAGCAGGUGUGAAUUGGACAGGAGUAGAAUUGACCAAUUCCAAGAAAUGAGUGAAACCCCAUUGCACCACUUGAUGUUCCCCUCCCUGCUUUUCAAAUCCCUCAAAUUCUGCCAGAAAUGAGUGGUACCUUUCUCCUCAUAGAUUUUCAAAAUGAGGAGAGGAAGCUGCAUUGGAUCAGCUUUACCAAAAGAGAUGUGGUGCUACUCUGACAUCAGCCAAACAAAUGGCCUUGUUUCUCCUGUUUGUAUCUUUGCAGGCCUUCACACAGAUGUUAGGGCAGCUUUAGCUCAAAGGACCAAGCAGGAAAGAGUUGUAACUGAGUGCUGUGUUCACACUGACUUGUUGACCAACAGGAGAAACAAACCAGCAAGAACUAAAUAUGCAUUCAAGGAAUCCUGCUGUGAGGUGUUUGUUAACAUGCAAACAUCCCGUGGCCACAUUAGCCCGUGGCUCAGGAUCCAGCAGCAGGUAGCUGUCAGGUAUUUCCAUUAGAAGAGAUCAUGCAGAGAGUUGCUGUCACACUUGCGUGACAUGCUAGCCUGGGCAGUCGACCCUCCUCACUGUGGAGGUAAAAACUGUGGGAGAGAUUGGUGGUGGAAAUGUAGCUGAAGAACUUGGCUGAAACCCGUUAAAAAGUUUACAUUUCUUUAUUUCCUUCUCAAAAGCAGAACAAAAUCCCUUUGGAACAACAACAAAAAACAAACUAGGACAAAUGAACAAAAGAAAAAUAGCCAAAGCACCAAGCUGCUUCUUCGCAGUUUAAUUAAUCUGCUUUGUUUAAAACUGAGCUGUAUGCAAAGAAGUAAAUGCGCUUCUAAUGGCUAUUUCUUUACUCUUUUCCCACUCCCCUCCUGCAUGUACAGGCUUGCUAGAAAGAAAGAAGGAUUAUAACCACUGACUGUGGGAUGGAGAUCUGUUUAAGAAAGGACAAGUGAACUAUUCAGAUAACUGCACACUUUGUUUGUGGAACCAAGCACACCAGAGAAAAGCUUUUACUUUAGGUUGACUAUUUCACUAUCUCUAGCAAGACUAAGGAUAGCAAGCUUUUGUGAUUCAGCACAACUUUUGAGAUCUCAACAGAAAUUCUUUAAACUCUCCAAAUAUUUAAACCAAAGCUAGGUUGAUUAUGACUUGAGAAAUCUUUAUUGCCAUAACAUGCCUUGUCUUUGCAAUUACAGGGCCUUAGCACAUUUGGGCUGAUGAAGCUUUUUUUCAAUGUGGUGUAGGUAGGCAGAGAGGAUGCACUGUUUGCAUUGGGUGGCUCUGCUCAGUUGAAGCAAGAGAGUCCUUGUGUACAAGAAGCCUGAUGAAAUGCUGUGCAUGCUUUUAUUCAUUAAAUUCAUACUAUUUAUUGUCAAUAAAUAUAAGUUGCUAGAUUCAACAUCAAUUGUGAGAACAAUUAUAGUGAUAGAACGACACAAAUCUAUUUUUCUUACCCAGAGAAGAUGUGAGGUUACUUAGGGAAUUGCAUUAAAGCUUUGGACAGCAAAUUUACAGGAAUUUGUCGCAGCAUUUUGCAGGUACAUGGCUGAAAAUGGAUAUCUGCCUAAAAAAGAUAGUAGCCUCUGAAUCAGAUCAUAGAACAAACAGCUGCCAGUACCUGUCACAGUGCUCUAUAUCUAGAGAAGAAAUCUGAAGAUAGAAGCAGCUGAUGUAGUUUAGGAUCCUUAAAUCUCCUAAGGGAGGAGGAAUCCAAUUCAGAGAGCUUGCCUCCUGGAUGGAUAUGGUCUAUGACAUCUGCAGGUUAAAAAAAAAGGAUGAGAAAAGCACUCUAUGAGAAUCCACGUUAACGGUCAUCUGGUUUGUUUUACAGAGCACUCUGCAGUAGAUCUUACUUUGUCAGUUAGGUCUAAGACAAAAUACUUUCUCUCUUACUUCCUACUGAAACAAAAAAGGAAGAGCCAGGUACAGCAGCCCAGGUAAUUUUCAGUCAUUGCAUCUUGCAUGGUAUUUUUAUUAGUGUCUCCUCCAAAUGCACAAAAGAGCCUAGUUAAACUUUAUAUAGUGUAAAAUGUACUGACCCUCACCUGCACUUUUGAGUACAAAACUCAAAGUAUUUUUUCUUCAAUGGAGUGCUGGUGUGUGGUCAUGUGACAAUGCUUUUUGUAAGAGAAAAUCAUGCAUUGUAUAGACUUCGUAUUGGCUGCUUAAACUUCUGAUGGGACAUAACAUUAAUUACAUUUCUAAAUAAAAAUUCUCACAUCUCUAACUCUGAGGUUGGAUUAUUUUUCUGAGGAAUAUCUAUGCAGAAACCGGCAGACUAUUUAACUGUCCAUUAAAUGUUGUAUAGUGUAGUAAUUGCACCUCAGAUUCAUCUGUUAUUCCUAUAUUUAAGUGUGAAAGUACCUCAUCUUUAUAUUUUGAAAGACAGAAGUGCUGAGAGACACCUACAGUGCAAAUGCUGCUAUGGCCAGUCGAACAUUUCCUCUACGGAAGAUGCACAAAGCUUGUAAACACAGCACAGCAAAGUUACUCUAAGUGGCUGGAUUAUUUCAACUAGCCAAGAUCUGCUUACAUGCUUUGCAAAAUAGCAUCUAUUGGUCUUGAUGUGAAAAAGUAAACAUCCUUUUUUUCCCCAACAGUGAUCUUCUACAUACCAAUCAGCUGACUGCACUCUCAACAACACAUACAGAAACUGGCUUCUACAGCAAAGGCAUGUUGAGAGUCAGCUACAGUAGCACC